UAAUAUCUUAAAGUGAAGAAACUUUCGAUUUGAAAGAAGACUGCAACCAAAAUGGCAACGCACCAGCGGCCAUUUAUACCUUCCGCCACCAUGCUUGUUACGAACGAGUCUUUAAACUCCUUUAUAACUAACCAUGUACAACCGGCAAUCAGUAAAUGGGAAGCAGGGGUGAAGAGUUUAAAAAAAGGAGAUUCAAAGGGAAAAACGGUGCAGGAAGAACGACGCCGUUUUCUGGAAAAACUACUUCACGAAAUGUCUGGAGACGUCUUACUGUUACAGAUUAACCUUGGUUAUCAAAGUCACCCUUCAGUUAGCAACAGUGACAGACCUAAACCAUCGAGAAUAUCUGAUGAUAUGCUACGGUUGUUGGGUGACUGGCGAAAACAAGCUAAUACUAUCAAAGCAAAAAAUAAAACCAAGGAUAUCCAAGGAAAAUCUGAGGAGCUGCGUAGGCUGCUUUUUCAAAUACAGGGAAACGUUGCUUUUUGGAGUAAAUUUGUGAACCAGAACAAACCUAAUCAAGAACACCAACAACAGAGGCCUUCUGGUUCCAACGCUGGCGGACCGAGACAACAGCCUUCACAUAGUCCAGCGAAUGUAUCUCAAACAGCAGACGGACGACAGUUGCCAUCAAAGCAUUCAGCGGACACCCAGUUUACGGCAGAGGAACGUAACAGACUUCUUGAAGAAAUUAAUGUCUUACACAUGAAAUUAGAUUCGAAAAAAGCAGAAUAUAGAGAAAAUAUCUCAGAACAAAAUACAAAUAUGGAGAAACUACGGAAAGAGGUAGCGAGACAAAAAGAAGAAUUCGAUGCUCAAGAUAUGGAACUCCGUCAGGUCAGGAGGCAAAAGGAAGAGGCGUUGACCAGACUUAGCGAGAUUGCGGGUCAAAAACUACGACAAAACAACCCGGGUAUCGCAGAUCUGAGCUCGGAAAACAGACCGACCAAAAUUGCUGAGAGAUUCAAAGAGUUAUAUGCCAACGAGUGGACUGACGCCUUUACCGAGCUGACGACGAAAUUUGAAGAAAAGAAAACUGUAGAUAUUCUCUUGAUGACCCUGCUUGAGAGUUAUGAAUUCACGGUUGAUAUAGCAGACAAGCAUCUGAAGCAAUUAAAAUACAGCGCACAGAUGCCGACAUUCAUUGAGGAGGUAGAGGAUGAGUACAGCAAGUCGCGAGAGAAAAAGGGCGACCAAGGAACAAAGCAGAUGCCGGUUCAAUUGUCUGAUGAAUGUGCAGACCUACUUAAACAGUUGCGGAAAACAUCGGCAUCUGCCUUUGUUCAGGAAAUACAAGAUAGUUUCGUCAAACAAAGGCAGGUAAAAGUUCCAGAAGUAAAUGGAUCACCUGCAAUGAUUAAGUUCAACAAAGCAUGUGUAGAUAUCACAUGGGCCAUGAAUGUCCAGACUCCACCUUUGGUAUUUGCACCAAAACCGGCGACGGGAACACCAGUCCAGACUGAACUGUAUUCGUUGUACACACAAUCCGGUGACGUCGUCGAUUAUGUUGUCUGGCUGGCUUGUUUACUUCAUAAGGAUGGUCCUUUGUUAGCCAAAGGAGUCCUUCAGCCAUUCAAAGUUGAAAGAAGAAAGGGAGCUCAAGGAGACAGAAAGUCGGUGGUAGACCCAGACAACAUCAAUUCCUUUACUAAGGAUAAAAACAACAAGGGAGUCGGUGGCCACAAGUAGAAGUUGGACAACUAAUGAACAGCAAGCAAGCGAGUUUACUGUUGCAAACUAGUUAUCGCCAUAUACCCGCGUAACGAAGUUAACGGUUAUGCACGAAUCAGGUUGUCCGUCUGUCCUUCUGUUCUUCUGUCUGUGUCAGCAUUUUGUCCGGACAGUCACCUAAACUUUUUGGAACUCUGUGAAUGUAGUCGUCAUACACUGAAGUUGUAAACCUGUUCUUAAUUUAUCGACCCGUCUAUUUUCAUGGCAGUUGUGCCCUUUUCACUUAUAAGUUAUACUUGUACAACUCAUACAGUUUUCUAUAUAAAGUUUGAGAGGCACCACUGAUGCAGUCAUCAUACAUUAAAUUCAUGCCCUGCUAUUGUUUUAGAUCCAGCUAUUUUUAUCGAAGCCAUGCCUCUGACUUUGUACACAAACUGGAUCUUUAAGGACAGCCCAAUAGAAACUUUUCGAAACUUCAAAAAUGUAGGCAGACGUAUACGAUUCGAUUAAUCUUCAAAAAAUUUCGAAUGUUGUUUUUUUGUAGCGAUCACAUGAAUGUAUAUUGUUCGUGACAGUGCAGAAAAUUUACACAUUCCAUUAAAGUCACGUGUCUGUACAUUAUCUUUUUUGGACCAAUUAAUGCUGUUUUCGUUGAAUGCCUUCGGCUUCAUCGUAGCACUAUAAGUAGGCAUCAGUUCUAGGCUAUCACAAUGAGACAAACAUGAGCUUACUGCAGCUUCCUGAAACACAGACAUCCACCACACGUAUCCAUGUCGCACACAGGGGAAACUGUCCUUAAAUGUCCACACCUGAACAAUUUAUCGAUGUUGUAAUGGGAACAAAUAACAAAAAAAUAUUUAUAUAAACACGUAACAUAAGCUUUGUAUUGUUCAUUAACACAUGUAUACAUGUACCUUGAAAUUAUGAUUAUAUAAUUAAUUUUUAUGGAGGCGUUUACGCCUGCCAUAUUACAAUCACCUACGAGUUGUGACGUCAC